GGACAGGAAGGACUUCCUAAACAUUUGGUUUAGAAAGAGCAUUACUGGAAACAGUGAAUCUCUGGCCACUGUCCAGGUCACAAACCGUUUUUAUACAAAACCAGAUUUCUUUUUCAAUCAAAAUUGGAAUUUGGUGAAUGUAUUGCACAACUUUUUACACUGUGUGGAAUUUAUACACAAAUUAUUACAAUAUAGGUUGUUCAGCAUAAAGUUAUCCUUGUUAUCCUAACGUCACAGCAUGCACAACAAUAUCUUAACACACAAACGGCUCUGGAUAUUUACACCGCUAAAGCUUCAACCUCAUUCGUAACACAUCGAACACAUGUGUAUUCAAACAAAAAUGUGUUACUGUCAUUGUCAUUCCUUUUAUCGGCAUCAUUAAGGUUUUGUUAAUUUAUUCUUAUUGACUAAGUAAUCUAAUCAUGCGGUUUACAUUGAUGAUGAUUUAUUCUCUGUUUAGUUUAGUUUGUCUUCCUUUUGUGUUUUCAUUUCUCUUCUUUCUUGUCCUCUUUGACUUUUUUCUUCUGCAAACCUUGUUCAAUCAAAUCACUUAAAUUAAUCUAACACAACACAACAAAAAUGAAUAAAUAAAAGAUUGAUGUUGUUAGUAAAGAAAUGAUAAAGGUAUAAUGAUUUUUGAACAUGCAAAUGCAACCUGUCACAGGCGAGGUUAAAGUUUCAGCAUGUUGGAGUGUUGAAACUUUGCAUCCUUUGGGGGUCGAGAGAAAGCAUUUUUAACUUUGCAAAAUAAGUUGUUAAAACCACAGAAUGGGGGGUGGGUUGAAAGAGGCCCUUAUGCAUAUUUGUUUGCUUAAUUUAAAGGAGGGGUCUUGACAGUUUCUUUGUUUAACCAAGCAGCAGCUAUAUAUUAGGUAGCAGAAGAGAGCUUGUGUUGAAAACUUCUUGCUGUUAAUUUUGAAUGAUUGCUUUGAAUUUGUUUAUUAAACCGAAGCAUUAAAAAUGGUAAUUCAUUAAACCGAUUUCUUAAACAAGUCUCACUGUGUAAUCGUUUAUUUAUAACCAAUUACCCAAAAAAGACUUACAUCAAGCUCCAGUGCCCGAACCCAGCUGAGUUUGACACGGACACCGCCCAAGGUUUCUGGAUACCUGACAACGCACUCGAUCUGAUGGCUUUUGUGAAUGUCUGCAGUAUUCAGUUCUUCAGCCAGUGAUUUAUAUUUCAUUUAUCUAUCGAAGACUUGAAAAGACCUGUGGAGAGCAAUAAACUCAAAGACUCUCAAAACGAAACCCGUUUCAAAGAAGAAAGGUAGAUAUGACGGGCCAAAUGGUUACCAUUCAUCUACCCGAAGAUACUGGGGGAAAACCCGAAUGGGUUAAUUCCAAGCAGGGUAGAUGCGGGUCCAGUCAUAUACCUUGGGAAAAGAUCAGAAAGAUGACUUCAGUAGUGAAUCUCAGGGUGAAGGAAGGGGCGGAGCUUCCAAACUUCAUCUACUCCAAUAGAGAAGGCAAAGAUGGAUCUCCCGAAGUAAGGGUGUUUGACGAUACAGGGCCAGAGAUACGAGGCACACCAACUAAGAGUUGGAAAACAGCCCUGGUUGAAGUCAACUUUGGGGAAGGAUCCAAGAAGGGCUCGAACGCUCCUCAAAAAGAAGGGUUAGCAUUACCUGAUAACCCCCAUAGCCCAAGCAAUGAGUCUUUUUCAGUGGAUGAAGAGCCAUUGAGGGUUUAUUUUGGAAAGGGAUCGAAUUUGAUCAUCUUAAAGGAAGGGCUAGUAGAAGAUGAGGAGGAAGCAGAUGUAUUAGUUAAAGCUGCCGAUGAAUAUCUUGGGUCUGGGUUAUCCACGAAACUUAAAACAAGGGCAUGGCAAGAAUUUCAGGAUGAAUCAAAUAGACCAAUGCAACAAAUAAAAUACCCCCUAAGAGAGGGAGAUAUAGUCUUACAAAAAAUAGGAGGACCGAACGGUAAACCGGUGAUACAUGCUGUAGGGCCUCAAAAAGGCAAGAGACAGGAAUCAGAAGAAGAGCUAAGGGCCGCAAUGACUAUUGACACGUUAAUAGAUCAAAUUUGUGCGUCAGCUCGAAAGAAUAAAUAUCACACAGUAGCCAUGCCCAUAAUAUCUGGAGGGAUGUUUGGAUUUAAUGAGGUCAAAAUAGGGACGUACCUCGUAAUGGCACUGUUGAAAAAGGCUGAAAAUUGGCCUGGAACGUGGAUUGUGUGUCACCCAGACGCCAAAGUAUUGGUAAACGUAACAUACAGUGUGAAUCAAAAUAAAACAGCUGGAGAAGGGAGGUCAGAUCAGAUUACAAACCCGAGGCAGAAAUCGACUAGUCUAAGAAAAGAGGUCUUCGAAUACAAACCGGAUCCAGUAUUAAGGAAAGUAAAGAUUUCUCAAAGGAAAAACGGACAGGUAGUAAACCCUUAUCCUCAAAAUGGUAAGAGUUGUGAGACAUUUACACUUGGCAAAGGAUCGUAUAGACCCGCACAUGCAAAAAGUAGAAAGAAAGAGACUCUCUUAGAUAAAAUCAACCAAUGGGAUACAGAGUACGCACCCGGAAUAACACACGGUCAGGUUUGGCGUUUGCUUAAUGGAGAAGACGCUACGACAAUUUUAGCUGAUACCACACUGACUCAGAGAGCUAAGAGAGCCAUACUAGCACAUAAGGACCUGACAAACCGAGCAGCUUUUGAGAGAAUAAUAAUGAAAGCUGUGAGCCUACAUGACGCAGGAGAAGACAACCCGGAUAGUGAAGACGAGACAGAUUCAGAUUAUGAGAGAUUAGUUGCUGAGAGACCAAUAAGGGUGUCACGCACACCAAGAAAGUUACGGCUCAAAGAGAAAAACCCAGAAUCUGCCUCGAAUGAAGAUCAACAUGUUGGGGCUAAUAAUCUAAGUCAGCGUUUGAAAUCGUUUCUAUUAGGAACACCUGGUGGAGGACAUCAGACCAAGAAAGAUGAAGUGGUGAAAAUAAGACCUAGACUAACCUUAGAAGAGCUCGUGAUAAUGGAUUUACACAUGAAAAUGCUGAGUAGGGCUAAGUUAGAAAAUACCACAGUGAGAGGAAAGAUCAAAGAUUUAGUCCGCUAUGCAGAAAAGUUCGGAAUGCCAAAAGAAACCAUCGACUUACACAUUUUAGCUGAAUUUGGGCUAGAUGAUGGGAGAAAUCUGGGAAAAAUUUUGGAAAAAAUGGAACAGAAUCGCUUUGAGCAAGCAUUGACCUCUAUAGGAGGACUGUCAGUGUGGGAGGAAUUGGCACGCAAGGGUCUAAGUGUAGAAGGACUCAUAAAACUAAUUUUUCAGGCAAUAAGGAAAUAUAGCAUAGAUGAAGCAGAGGAUAUUUUUUUUAAUUCGGAAACAUCCACAGCUGAAAAAUCCAAAAGUAAACGGCAUCAACCUAGAAAUUGGACUAGGAGAUCUGGUCGGGGACCGAAUAACCGAUACGAAGCAGGAGACAGAUCGCCAUCACGCCCCGGACGUAAACCAGAGUCAGAACGGGUAAAAUCAGGGGAAAAUAGAAGAAGAUGGCAAAACAAUAGGGGUUAUAAAAAUAGAAAGCAAUCAAAGCCCAGGGCAGAAAGAAACGACAAUGACAGAGAGAAAGGAAGUUAUAUCAGUCCAGAGAAAUGGUGGAAGCUCACUGCAGAGGAGAGAUCCCAGAUCUUACUGGAAAGAGGAAACAAAAGAUAAGACACCAAGAAGAGUGGGCAUUAUAAAAACCCAAACUAGCAUGGAAAGGGAAGAGGUUAAACUCAAAAAAAAGAAAAAGAAAAAAAACUGAUUUCAGAAGAAUACCCAUAGUUAAUAUAGUAAAGCUUCUUUUUACUAAAUCUUUUCUUUUAACUAUUUUUUAAAAUAUUUUCUAUAUUAACUUUUUCUUUUUAUUCUCAUUAUGUCAACCAUUAUAAAGUUAUAUUAUAAAGACUAAUAUCUUUGUUUUAAAUUGGGCACUAGUGGACCUCAGUAUGCCACAUUACAGGCGCGCAUAUAUAAUGUGUCACUACUUCAUAGAGUCACCUGCGUUAGCGUUGCCAUCAAUCAUAAAAGAUAUAACAGUAGUCAAAUCAGGUUCAUGCGUGAUCUUGCUUUUUUUAUUGUAUAUAAAAAAUAAAUUGCAUUCAUAUGGUGUCGUUUCGUCCAUUAAGUGAACACUUUUUUCUCAUUAUGUCAACUAUAAGGAAGUUGUAUUAGACUAACAUCUUAGUUUUUACUAGAUUAAUUUUAUUGAGCAACUACACUGCUGGACCUUAUAGUACAUUAUUGUCACGCAAAAAUAAUGUGUCACUAGUUCAUAGAUGCACCUAAGUCUCUAUCAAUCAUAAAAG